AUGGAGCCGCUCACGUCGUGCCUCACGACGAUCACCACGUCCGACUUUGACUACGCGCUCUGCGUGAUGAACUCGGGCAUCUUCCAGCUCUCGCCCUCGGCCUUCACACUGCCCGAAGCGUUCUCGACCAUUCUCUCGCCGGCUCUCCUUGCGCCGCGUUUGAGCACUGCGACGCCCAUCACCGCCGUCGGCGCCUGUGCGCUCACGUGCACCGAACCGUCGCCGCUCUACACCUCCAGCUCGUGCUGCGCAGCCGCGCGCACCGUCUUUGACUGUGCACAGUCCAUACCAAUACCGCCAGCGACAACGUCGUCAACGGCAGUGAUACGCAACGUGACCGACUGCCGCGCCAUCGUCCACGCUACGAUCGCCGAGAGUCAGCAGUGCUCGCUCGCAGCCGGCAACAUCGUCCUGCUCGUCGUAGCAGCGCUCGCCGUGGCGCUCUUAAUCGCUGCGACCAUUGCCACGCGCCUCUACGCGAGGACCAAGCAAAAGGCUACCAGCGCUGCUCCAGAGUCUCGUGGAGCUGAGGAGGACCACGAGACGCUGGAACAGCGCCUCGCGGCCGUCGCGCGGCCGUCCACGUGCGGCGUUUUGCUCACGUCGUGGCGACAAGUGAGCAAUUUGCUCUGGAAGAACCUCGUGAUCCGACGGCGCAAGCCCCUGUCGUUCGUGCUCGAGCUCUUCUUACCCGUGCUGCUGGCGCUCGCGCUGGUCUUUAUUGCCAAUCUCGACACGAUCUUUGGCACGGGCGACCGCCGGAACAGGAGCUCGGCGUCGUCGACGGAAGCAGCCGCGGCGUCGACAACGUCCGAGACGAUCGUGUGCACGGCCCUGGAAACCACCGACUACGGCGGCUUGAGCACCAACAUGACCUUGUUCUACACGAGCGGACAAAGCGUCAUUGGCCUCUUUCUGCUCAUCUGCUACGUCAAGUUUGUCUCGACGACAACGACGACCAUGGUGAGUGAAAAGGAGACGCGCAUCCGAGAAGUGAUGAAGAUCAUGGGGCUCUCGAACUUUACGCUCCUGUGCUCGUGGUGCCUCACGACUGCCAUCUUGACCACGCCCCUCGCGUUCGUCAUUGCAGCUGAGCUCAAGUUUGGUCAAGUGUUCCCCAUGACAACGUACGCGACGCUCGUGUUCCUGUUCUGGACGCUGAGCUUGUCGAUCGUGGGCUUUAGCUACUGCAUUACGCCGUUCUUCAACAAGGCUCGCGCCGCUUCCAUCGCGUCCGUGCUGGCAUGGAUCUUGCUGUUCUUCCCCUUCUUGACCGUCAUGUCCAAGUCCAACGCGACCAAGUACCUCAGUGCGCUGGCACCGCCUACUGCCUUUGCGCUCGGCAUUGAUGACAUCGUGCGCCACGCGCAGCUCGGACGAGGAGUGGCAUACGCGAUAACGGUCACGGCAUCGCCUGUGACUGUGCCGACGGCAUUUGAAAUGAGCUGGUUCUUGAUCCUCGACUCGUUCAUUUUCGUCGCGCUUGGCUGGUACUUUGACAAUGUGCUUCCGCAAGAGUUUGGCAUCCGCAAGCCGUGGAACUUCCUCUUUACAAGAGACUUCUGGCGUCCGACGAGUUCGACAGCAGCCAUUUCCUCAGUCUCAUCGCCGCACCCGUACCGUACAUUCGCCUCGCCGCGAGAAAUAAGCUUAUCGCGUCCGAUGUCGACGAACGGAUCGAUCGUGAUGGUGAAGGAUCGACCUGGGCUUGUAGCUUGUGUGGAGCCUGUGGACGCCACGCUAUCAGCACAGGAACGGAAGGGAACGUGUCUCCAGAUCCGAGGUCUUCGCAAAGAAUUUGCAUCAGGUGGUGGCGGAGUAAACGUAGCAGUGCGAGGGCUCGACCUCACUCUGUACAACGGGCAGAUAUCUGCUCUGCUGGGCCACAAUGGCGCUGGAAAGACAACGACAAUCUCGAUGUUGACCGGUCUCAUUCCACCCACGUCGGGCAACGCAACGCUCUUCGGUCUUUCGUUUCGCGAACACCUGAACGAGCUGCGCCGGAUUAUGGGCGUUUGUCCUCAGCACGAUGUCUUGUUUGACGAAAUGACUGUGGAAGAGCACUUGUUAUUGUUUGGCACGAUGAAACACAUUCCGCGUGGUAGUCUGAAGCCAGAAGUGGAGCGAAUGAUUCGGGAAGUGGGUCUAGUGGAGAAGCGGAAAACCGCUGCGAGGAACCUGUCGGGUGGACAAAAGCGCAAAUUGAGUCUUGCGCUGGCGUUCAUGGGAGACAGCAAGCUUAUCUUUCUGGACGAGCCAACGUCGGGCAUGGACCCGUACUCCCGGCGGUUUACUUGGAAUUUGCUGCAGCGUAACCGCGACGACCGAGUCAUUCUGUUGACCACGCACUUCAUGGAUGAGGCCGACAUUCUAGGUGACCGCGUCGCCAUCAUGGCUGAUGGCCAGCUUUGUUGCGCCGGUACUCCCCUCUUUCUGAAAAAUUGCUAUGGUGCUGGGUAUCGUCUGACCAUGAUCCAAGCGCCCGGGUGUGAUGCUGAAGCCGUGGGCACCUUUCUACGCGGCUUCGUGCCUGAAGCAAAGUGCUUGAGCAACUUUGGUUCAGAGGUCGUGUUCCAGCUGCCAACGAAAUCAGUGGGAGUAUUUUCCACGAUGCUGCAAGCUCUCGACGAUGAGUUGCACCGUUUGCAUAUUGUUCAGUACGGUGUGUCCGUGACAACCCUCGAGGAAGUAUUCCUGCGCAUCGCACGUGAUCGAGAAGAAGAAGCCGCCAUCAAUGCUGCUGUCUGUAGCGUGGAAACAGUCGACCGAAUCCGCAAGACGUCAGCAAGCUCAGCGUAUUCGAGCGGCACGUUGACGAGCCCAAUGUCUGCUGAGAGUGCUGGCCGACCGACGCUGUGGACCCAGUAUACUGCACUGCUGACAAAGCGUUUGCGUAUUGCAAAGCGAGACACGAAAAACCUCCUGAAUGCUGUGUGCAUCCCGCUGCUUUUCCUGAUCAUCUUAGUGUUGCUCCCGGACAUCGAUGUGGCCAGCUUCCUGCCAGAUGGUACCUACGCGGAAAGCCUUGCAUCGCCGGCGCAACAAGCACAGUGCACGAGCGAAAGGUUUUCGCUAGUGCCUGCUACAAGCAGUUGUGACAGCUUUUCGUUUACCUACUGCAAGCUGGGCGUGAUCGAUUGCAGCGCCUCGACAUGCUGCGAUCCGAGAAACGUCCAGUCUCCGUACUAUGCGUGCAACACGUGUGAGGGCACUUCGUCGUCCAACGCAGUGACCCCGUGCUACAACAAGCACUGCCUCGACGACGACGGUGCAAGGCUUCAGGUUACUCUGUCCGCCUUUUUGACAGCUGUCGUAGUGAUGUUGGUUUUCGCUUUUGUUCCUGCUGCGAUUGUCGCCUUUAUCGUGCGCGAGAAGAGUCCGAACCAAAACGCGAAAAGUCUGCAGCUGAUUUCGGGUGCCAGUGCGUCAGCAUAUUGGUUGUCCACGUGGACUCACGAUUUCCUCAUCAUGGCAGUGACCGUCGUUGCCUCCGCCGUGAUGAUUCCUCUGUCAGAUCCAACGUUGGCAGGCACCGCGGAGGUAUGGGGAGUCUUUUGUCUGAUCGGGUCGCAUGCUCUCGCCGUGGUCCCGAUGGCAUACCUGUUUUCGUUCAAGUUCGAGAGGCAUGCUGUGGCACAGACGUCGCUGCUGGUUUUCGCUCUCUGCACGGGUGGAUUGCUGAGCAUUUUCUCGUUCAUGUGCAGAUUCAUCGACUUCAGGUUGACCUCAAGCACCUCGUCCAACUUAACCCUUCCAUCGCUCGACAGGAACUACCUGCGAUGGAUUUUCCUGCUUUUUCCAGGCUACGGCCUGAACAGCGGUAUCUACGAGCUUAGUACACGACAGCUGAGUCGACGCACGCUGCGCGGUAACGUCACCGAGGUCGUGGCCCCACCUUCCUUUUUCGGUCUCUGGGAAGGUCUUGGCACGGACUAUACGUGCGUCUCGUGCUGGGAUGCACCUGCCGAUACGCCCUGUUGCGAGCGCGGCGUCUUCGAUCUGGACGUCGCUGGGGCCCCCAUCGCCUAUGCUUUGGCCGAGUUUGUGAUCUUCAUGGUGCUGGUGUUUGUUAUCGAAAACGGCAGCUCGUCGUGGCGACCUGAACAGCGGCAAGACCGGCUUCGCAAUGAGGACGACGACGUGGCUGCUGAGCGCCAAAAACUCGAGCAGUCGCAGCCCACGCAGAACGACAGCGUCUUUAUCCGUAACUUGCGUCAUGAGUAUGGACGCAAAGGCAAGCUCGCGCUAGACGACUUGUGUCUCUCCGUGACAAAGGGAGAGUGCUUUGGGUAUCUCGGCAUCAACGGAGCUGGUAAGUCGACGACGAUGAAAGUGCUGACGGGUGAGAUGGCUCCAACGAACGGAUUCGUUACGCUGAGUGGAUACGAUUUGGCUCGCGAGCGCAACAAAGCACGAAGUGCGAUUGGAUACUGUCCCCAGUUCGACCCAUUGCAUGACUUGCUGACCGUGGAAGAGCAGCUUGAGCUGUAUGCUCGACUCAAGGGGAUCCCGAGUCACGGGGUGGACGAUGCGGUUGAUCAAGCUAUUGAGAACAUGGGACUCACUGAGUACCGGACCAAGCUGACGCGAGGGCUCAGUGGAGGCAACAAGCGCAAAGUGUCCACCGCCAUCGCCAUGAUUGGCAGUCCAAGCGUCAUCCUUCUUGACGAGCCUUCGACGGGAGUAGACCCAAGCUCUCGACGGAAAAUGUGGGACGUCAUUGCCAAUGUCUGCGCAGCGAAGAAGUCCUCUGUCAUUCUUACUACCCAUAGCAUGGAAGAAUGCGAAGCACUUUGCACGCGAGUGGGGAUCUUGGUGAAUGGAAAGCUGAAAUGCUUAGGAAGCGUCGAGCACCUGAAGCAGAAGUUUGGCCGAGGGUACAUCGUGGAGGUAAAGCUGCAGCAGCCACAUGCCUCUGUUCUGGCAUCAUUGCAGCAAGAUGUGCAUCGACUCCUCGGAGGCAACAGCCCUGGUAUCUCACGACACCAUGUUGUCAGCCUAUGUUCGUCACUCGGGUUUCCAGAGCGGGCGCAAGACAUCCUGGAAGGCGAGAACAAUGGCAGCGUCCUCAACAGCUACCUCGAGACGUCGGGCCUCGUCCCCAUUGACACCUUUUGCGCAUGGUGGGCCACCGAGAACAUGGACUCGACGCUGCAACAGUUCUUCCACGACAAGUUUCCAGGCUGUCAGCGUAUCGAACACCAGGGCGGCCACUUUCGUUUCCAAGUGCCAAAGCAGUCGUUGCGACCGCACGCGAUCUUUGGCCUCCUCGAAGAAAACAAAGACGUGCUGCACGUGAGCGAGUACGGCGUGAGCGCAACGUCGCUGGAAUACAUUUUCAACACAAUGGCUGCCGACCAAGAAGGGGCCGACGACAACGAGACAGCGCGAGAGGACCAGAAUCGUUCCUAA